CAGCGAUGGCGGAUUGGAGAUUUGCGCUGCCUACCAUACCCUCAUGCGAAAUGGAGGAUGUGCCGUAAGACCAGUCAAAUUGCAGGCGAUGAUAGUUGUCAAUCUUCUUCUGAGGUGUUCCGAUGCCAUUUUUCCGAAACAUAUACAUCUCCCGUUUCUUUAGGAAAUCCAAUGAGAGGCUGGAGCUUGAUAUACUUGUGAUAUUGGGUGAUAUCGCGGCUAAGAGGCCGGAGCUUGGGAAGGGUGACUGCUCAGCUGUGUUGCAGCAAUUACAUCUACUGAUUGGUCCAUUUGAUGGAGUUCUAGUUGUUGGUGUUGAAAAGCUUGAAGAGAGUGAAAGUUUUGAUGUAAGACAACAGCCGAAGGAUUCGCAGCUCGAAGCUGCUGCGUCUGAUGAGAUAAACAUGCACAGCGAUUGCUUCCCUGCAUUGAGUGGUUAUCCUCCUCCUGAUUCGGGGCCUGUUGUUUUACUUCUCAUCCCUCAUGGCUGUGCAUCAGAAUAAAACUUUGGAAGAAACAAUAUUUGUUAUGAAAAUCUUCAGAGAUGUGAACGCAAAGGAUGCAAUUUUGAUUACAUCUCGGUCGUUGGAUUUCUAUCGUUGACUUUGGGUAAAACAGCGACGCUGUUGAAGGAAUACAUUCCCAGUUGAUGCAAACUCUUUCAUUAAACGAGACUGUAUACAGCUUGUAAUAUCGGAGGCCAGGUUUAUUAGAUUUAUCAAAAUUCUUCAUAGUUAACAGAGCUUGUUUAUAGGAAAUAGAAACCUU